GCAAUGGAAGGGAGAAGAAGAUCCUUGAUCCCAACCAAAUGGACUUGACCCUUUCUUUCUCUCUUUCUACAUUGCCGCUUUCAUUAAUGCGUUUCGCACGCUAAUUUCUCAUCUUCUUCUUCUUCCUGCCAAACUUUCCAACGUUUGAAAUCAUCUCCCCCAUCUCACGCCGGCCCAAUCCUUUUUAAAUUCCAUCCCUUCUUACGCUUUCCAAAACAAGCCGUGAUUUUCUCCGGAAAAUCGUACAUCUAUUACCCUAUUUUUACUCUCUUUCAUAUACAAGAUCCAAGAAUCAUCCAACUUGGCAUAUUCCGUUUAGCUUCUCCGUACAUUCAGAUUCUGGGGUUCUUCUCCUCUUUCUGUAUUUUUGAUCAAAUACGUCGGAGGAGGAGGAGGAGCAGGAGCAGGGCAGACUCAUCAUCUUCUCCUCCGUUUCUUUCCAAAACCCAAUUUCUCCGCAGAUCCAGAGGUGUUUCAUCCUAAAAUUUGAAUUUUUGAGGUUUCUCUGUAUAUUUGAAUUUGAAAUUUUAGAUGGGUAAUUGUUGUAUGACACCAUCCGUUCAAUCGGAGAAGAAAAGAGUCAAACACAAGCAAAACCCAUUUGCAGGGAACCACACAUCUGGAAAUGGAGGAGGACAUAAGUCGAUUGUGUUGGACAAUCCAACAGGGCAUGAUCUUGAGGAGAAAUACGAGCUGGGAAUUGAACUUGGCCGAGGUGAAUUCGGGGUUACUUAUUUAUGUACUGACAAAUCGACCGGAGAAAAGCUAGCAUGUAAAUCUAUUUCUAAGAAGAAGCUUAGAACUAGGGUGGAUAUUGAUGAUGUGAAAAGGGAAGUGGAGAUUAUGAAGAAUUUGCCUCAUCACCCAAAUAUUGUUACUUUGAAAGCCACUUAUGAAGAUAAUAACGCUGUACAUCUUGUAAUGGAGCUCUGUGAAGGAGGUGAACUGUUCGAUCGAAUUGUCGCAAGAGGACACUACACUGAAAGAGCUGCAGCCAAUGUUACUCGUACAAUUGUCGAAGUCAUUCAGAUGUGUCAUAAACACGGGGUUAUGCAUCGGGAUCUCAAACCAGAGAACUUUUUAUUUGCUAAUAAGAAGGAAAGCGCACCACUCAAAGCAAUUGAUUUUGGUUUGUCGGUAUUCUUUAAACCAGGAGAAAGAUUCAAUGAAAUUGUUGGAAGCCCAUAUUAUAUGGCGCCUGAGGUUCUAAAACGAAAUUAUGGUCCAGAGGUUGAUGUCUGGAGUGCUGGAGUCAUCCUUUACAUCUUACUUUGUGGUGUUCCUCCCUUUUGGGCAGAAACCGAACAAGGAGUAGCGCAGGCUAUCAUUCGAUCCGUUGUUGAUUUCAAGAGGGAACCAUGGCCUAAAGUCUCAGAAGGUGCAAAAGAUCUUGUUAGAAAGAUGCUUGAUCCUGAUCCCACUCGAAGACUUACAGCACAUGAUGUUUUAGAGCAUCCAUGGUUACAUAAUGCUAAAAAGGCUUCAAAUGUGUCUUUGGGUGACACUGUAAGAACAAGACUAAUGCAGUUUUCUGUAAUGAACAAGCUUAAGAAGAGGGCUUUGAGGGUAAUCGCUGAGCAUUUAUCUGCUGAAGAAGCUGCUGGAUUCAAAGAGGGAUUCCAAGUGAUGGAUACGAAUAACAGAGGAAAGAUAAAUGUAGAUGAAUUGAGAGUUGGUUUAAGAAAACUUGGCCAUCAGGUCCCUGAUGCUGAUCUCGAGGUUCUAAUGGAAGUGGGUGAUGUUGAUAAGGAUGGAUAUUUAGAUUAUGGUGAAUUUGUUGCGAGCUCAGUUCAUCUUAGGAAGAUGGGUAACGAUGAACAUCUCCGGAAAGCAUUUGAAUUCUUCGAUCGAAAUAAAACUAGCUACAUUGAGAUGGAUGAACUUAGAGAAUCUUUGGCAGAUGAAAUUGAAACCAACAGCGACGAUGUUAUCAACGCGAUCAUGCAUGACGUGGACACGGAUAAGGAUGGACGGAUAAGCUAUGAUGAAUUUGCAGCAAUGAUGAAGGCUGGAACAGAUUGGAGAAAAGCAUCGAGGCAGUACUCGAGGGAUCGAUACAACAGUCUGAGCUUGAAAUUGUUUAAAGAUGGAUCGCUUAAUUUAAAUAACGACGAGGGUAGUUGACCAGAAACAAAUAUAUAAAUUUUACUUUAACUUCUCUUAUGGCUUAAGGAAUUCUUUAGUUCUCUUCAUUUCUCCAUCCUCGCCUCGGUCAGCUGUGUUCUUCGUCAAGUGAAUAUUAUGAUUUUGAGGAUGCAUUUCUUAGGUGAAAUUUCCAAACCUUGGAUCUACUACGUUAUGUUAGGUUGAUUUAGGGUGAAGUAUUGGAUCAUUGUCUCAUAGAGUUCAUCUUUUUCUUUUCUUUUCUUUUCUAUAUUUGGGAUUUGGGUGUGUGAGACAGGAAGGAAUUCAGUUUAUACUGUUAAUGUUUCAUUUUAUUC